GGGCGCAGAGAAAGACUCGCCCCUGAAUGACUCCGACCUCAAAAUCUGCACUGAAGACAUGAACUUUUAUAACUUCAUGUUCGUCACGUGCAGGGCACCGUGAGCCAUGGUUGUGACGUCUCAGGUGCUGAGGGGUUUGCCCCGAGCCAAGGUACUGGCCCCCUGUCUGUUAUCAUCCCAACACCAGCUGCCCCACUAUGGGCCCUCUUCUCGCAAAUCACCAUGGAGACGUGCUUUGGGCUCCAGGAGUUACCAGACGAGCUCUAUGCAGCGCAGCUACAUUCUGACCCCUCCUCAGGUCAACUCCAUUCUGAAAGCCAAUGAGUACAGCUUCAAGAUUCCCGAGUUUGAUGGGAAGAAUGUGUCGGCAGUGACAGGUUUUGAGAGUAACCAGCUCCCAGCGAAUGCUCCAAUAGAAGACCGGCGCAGUGCAGCCACAUGUCUGCAGACACGAGGAAUGUUACUGGGAGUGUUCGAUGGUCACGCUGGCUGUGCAUGUGCUCAGGCUCUGAGUGAGCGCUUGUUCUAUUACAUUGCUGUGUCUUUGCUGUCCCAUGACACCCUGUGUGAGCUGGAGGCAGCGGUGGAUGCCGGCCGCGCCCUGAGUCCCAUCCUGCAGUGGCACAAACACCCAAACGACUACUUCAGCCGGGAGGCACAAACGCUGUACUUCAACAGCCUCAGGACGUACUGGCAGGAGCUCAUAGACCUAACGAGUCCAGGGGAGGUCCCAGACACACGGGAGGCUCUGUUAAAUGCCUUCAAGAGACUGGACAAUGACAUGUCGUUGGAGGCUCAGGUGGGAGACCCCAACGCCUUCCUGCACUACUGGGUCCUGAGAGUGGCCUUUUCUGGAGCUACAGCCUGUGUGGCUCACAUUGAUGGGCCAGAUCUUUAUAUAGCCAACUCCGGUGACACUCGGGCUGUGCUGGGGGUGCAGGAGGAGGAUGGUACUUUUAGUGCUCACACUCUUUCCAAUGACCACAAUGCUCAAAACGAGAGUGAAGUGGCUCGGAUCAGGGGCGAGCAUCCUCCAUCAGAAAAAAAGACUGUAAUUAGACAGGAUCGCCUGCUGGGCCUUCUCAUGCCUUUCCGUGCAUUUGGUGACGUAAAGUUCAAAUGGAGCAUUGAGCUGCAGAAGCGUGUGUUGGAGUCUGGGCCUGACCAGCUUCAUGAAAACGAGCACACAAAGUUUAUUCCCCCGAACUACCACACGCCCCCUUACCUCACUGCGGAGCCAGAGAUCACCUACCACCGACUGAGGCCACAGGACCGCUUUCUGGUAAUUGGCUCAGAUGGACUUUGGGAGACUCUUCACAGACAGGAGGUGGUCCGCAUCGUGGGGGAGUAUCUAACGGGAGUGCACCAGCGUCAGCCUCUCAAGGUGGGGGGCUACAAGGUCACACUGGGACAGAUGCAGGGGCUUCUGGAGGAGAGGAAGGCGCGCAUGUCCUCUGCUUUUGAAGACCAGAACUCUGCAACACACCUGAUGCGCCAUGCGGUCGGCAACAACGAAUUUGGAACAGUGGACCACGAGAGGUUGUCCAAAAUGUUGUCUUUACCUGAAGAGCUAGCUCGUAUGUAUAGAGACGAUAUUACCAUUAUAAUAAGUCAGUUUAAUCCUCAUGUAAUCGGAGCUGAAUGACAAGAAGAGCAGUCCUCAGUAAUGGCUAUGAACUGUCGGCCUAUGAGCACUUUUUGCAAAUAGUCCUGGGACAUGUCUGCAAGAGUUAAAAUGACUAAAGUUGCACUAUAACUUUGGUGGAGAGAUUUAACUUAUAUUAUGAAUUUAUUCAAUUAAUGCUUGUAGGCAAUUUUAAUGGCAUAUUGUGGAAGAAUCUAGGUGAAGCAAUAACAUCUCCAUGGAGUCAAGCAGGUGGCAGAACCUCCUUCAGAAAUGUUGCAUAGUGCUUUUUAAAUUCAGAACUUUUAUUAUAAUUUAAGUUUUAAUUGAAUUUUAAUAGUUUGUAAUCAUGCUACUGUUGGACUUGGAUUAUUUGAGUAAUUUUUUAAACUUUCCUCGCUAAAUUACCAAUUUUCUGAGAAAUUCCUGAAGUUUUAUAAUCCUAAUCGUAAAUACAACUAGAUUCAUUUUAACUCAUGUAGACAUUGAUUCUUGUUAGUAAAUCUGUUCUUUAAAAAAAAAUACAGUUUGAGUAUAACACGAUAUAACAUUAUUUAUAAAAGGGUUUGUACAAUGCUGUUUUUGUGGUAACUAGUUUCAUCUUGUUUUUUUUGCAAAAAUAUUUUAUGCAUAUUUUUCUGUUACUAUCUCAUUUGUGCCAAAAUGGCCAUGCUUUUGUUUGAUGAAUGACUUUAGCAUAUUCCAAAGAGGCUGCACUCUAAACACUUUUGAUGCUACUUCUGCAACACUACAUUCAUGCUUGUAUUUUAAAAUGUAUUUUAAGUCCCAUUUUUAGCACAUGCAUACCUCCAAAUGUGGUUUAUUUUAUCUUGCAGGUCAUUUGAAUUUUAUGCUUUUCACAUAUAUAAGGGAAUGUAUCUGUUUCAGUAAAUGUUGGGUUAAAUGUAUGAAGAUGAAAAGUUGGUUUCCAAAAAGUGCCAAAAGAAAUGUAACAUAUGUUUUUGAUAGUCCAGUUUUUUAUUGUUUUAUCUUUUGAAAUGAAAAGGAAGUGUUUUUUUUUUUUUUGUUUUUUUUUUUUUUUUUGUGCAACUAAAAUUUUUAUGCUUUAUACAGUUAUCAAAAGUUGCAUUUAUUGUUACCUAUAUUUAACUGGCUAUAACUUUGUCUCCAUGUUAUUGCAAUGCCUGGAUCGUUCAGCAGUAUGACAUUAAACUGUGACUUGCUAUUUUUACUUCUGAAAUGCACUGAAAAGCAUGCGUUCUUUUUGAGAGCACGGUCGCCUCUCCACAGAUGUAACCUGAAACUGAAUACAUGCAGGAUAGGUUUAAUGCCAUACUGUGGAAUAUUCUAGGCUAAUCAAUAACAUCUCCAUGGACACAAACCCUCAACCAGAGAAGUUACAUUGUGCACCUUUAAACCAUAUAACAUUUUUGAAGUUUGUUGAUGCUGUUACCUUCCACUAAAAUACUUGCAGUACAUAAUGCUGUCAUGUACUUAUUUAUUAAACACUAUGUAACUUUUAUUCAUGUUAUGUAAGUUUCUGUAUACAUUGCUUCAUGGGUAUGUUUUUGCAGGGGCCCAAUAAAUAAUAACUGCACAUUUA